AUGGUGCUGCUGCUGCUGGUGGCCAUUCCGCUGCUGGUGCACAGCUCCCGCGGGCCGGCUCACUAUGAGAUGCUGGGUCGCUGCCGCAUGGUAUGCGACCCACACGGGCCGCGAGGCCCUGAACCCGACGGCGCGCCCGCCUCCGUGCCCCCUUUCCCUCCGGGCGCCAAGGGAGAGGUGGGCCGGCGCGGGAAGGCAGGUCUGCGAGGGCCCCCGGGCCCCCCAGGCCCCAGAGGGCCUCCAGGAGAGCCGGGCAGGCCAGGUCCACCGGGUCCUCCCGGCCCAGGCCCUGGCGGGGUGGCGCCCCCUGCCGGCUACGUGCCUCGCAUCGCCUUCUACGCGGGUCUGCGGCGGCCACACGAAGGUUACGAGGUGUUGCGCUUCGACGACGUGGUCACCAAUGUGGGGAACGCUUACGAGGCGGCCAGCGGCAAGUUCACCUGCCCCAUGCCAGGUGUCUACUUCUUCGCUUACCAUGUACUCAUGCGCGGCGGUGACGGCACCAGCAUGUGGGCCGACCUGAUGAAGAAUGGACAGGUCCGGGCCAGCGCCAUCGCUCAGGACGCGGACCAGAACUACGACUACGCCAGCAACAGUGUCAUCCUGCACCUGGAUGUGGGUGAUGAAGUCUUCAUCAAGCUGGACGGUGGGAAGGUGCACGGCGGUAACACCAACAAGUACAGCACGUUCUCCGGCUUCAUCAUCUACCCGGACUGAGCAGGGCCCCAUCCCCCGCGCCCCCGCUCGCCCUUCGCCUCCGCUCCCCUCUCCACCCACCUCCAGCCGACCCCACCCAACGUGCCACCCCUUCCUUUGAGAGCCUGGCGGCGGGGCGGACCCUCCCGCUCCCGACGCAGCCUUGCUGGGUGGACUCUUCA